AUGGGCUUUGGACACAUCUCGUUGCUCUCGAAGCUGUGGUCCAACUACAUAGUCCCUCUUGGAUACUAUUCAGAGUCGGUGAAGCACGCGUUGAUAGCCCUCGGCUGCUCACACCGUGCAUUCUUGGAUGAUUGGCCCGACGAACAUGGGCUCGGAACCCAGCAGAUGUACAAGGAAAUGGCGACUCGGCAAUACGCCAAGGCCAUCUACUGUACAUCACAGGAUAUGAACGACCUGUCUCCGACCACGAUCCGUACCUCCCUUGUCUCUUGCCUGGUAUUCAUCUGUCUCGAAAUCAUCCAAGGGCGCUACGACAAGGCCAUGCAACACCUGCGAUCCGGCUCCAGGAUUAUGAGGUCGCUUGCGGAAGCAGCGACGAGUACCCACACAUCAGCAGUGCUCUCUCCGACACAGCGCUGUAUGGCUGAGACGGUCAGUAACUACUACGACCAGUUGUGCGAUGUCUCGGACAUGUUCAUGGCCAUCGGUUGCGACACGGCCUACCUACUGGAACAAGGGGAAGUCAUCCCGGACUUGUCUUUCUUCUUCAGAGGCGGGCAUAACAGCAGUAAAGAUUCGUCCGAGCCGUUCACGAGUGCAGAUGAGGCGCGAUAUGCCCUUCAUCUUGUGGACGAGGGGUUCGGAAAGUUCCUCGGUUACAGCUUCCGGGGCAGCUUGCCGAUGCCCUGGACGGACUUUCUCAACGUCCCAGAGGACAUGUCGCCCAUUGAAGAAGAGGGUUGGCCUGGAGAGUGGGUAGUGGCUCGUCACCGGUUCGAUGUCUGGAGCGCUCGGCUUGCAGCGUACACCAAGAAUCUGAAAUCAGAUCCCUCCACACCCCAGAGUGAGUUGUGGGAGGUACGCCUUUUAUCGUUCAUGCAGAUGGACUGGUCAUUAAUCAUCAAAUGCCUCGAGGCUCCGACCACCCAGCAUUCACAUCGCCAGGCCUUCCAGGACCUGCUUGAAGACGCCGAGAGUCUCGUGUACGCGGAGGAUGCGGAAUUGAAGCACCCAGUGUUCACUCUAGCCGCGGAUGUGAUUCCGCGGAUGGUCUUCAUAGCCGGGUACUCCGGCGAGCUGGACCUGCAGCAAAGAGCCAUCGCAUUGCUCUACGCGAUGCGGAGGAAAGAGGGUAUGUGGGAUAGUCGGGAGAUUGCGAGUGUCUUGGAGGCGAUUUUGGCGGCGAGAGAGUGCAGUACGUGGGAUAAGGAAUACGAGAAGGUAUCUCUUCCACGACUGGCCAAGAUGUUGGAGUCUUUGAAGUUGUAUGAAGGCAACGGCACAAUACCCAUGGCCACCCUAGUCGAUCAAGUGGCUUCCUGA